AUGUCGACUCGGAUCAUUGACCAAAAGGGAAACCGGACCGAAACUGGUCAUGCUGAUGGGAUACAAAGCCGGACUCUAGAGAUACUAGAAAGCUUCGGCAUCGUUGACCCGAUCUUGAGGCAAGGUAUCCACGACGUCGACAUGGCUCACUGGAUCACAAACAACGGAACGGGAAAUAUUGAGCGACACAAGAAAUAUGAAGCAGACUCCGGGCAAAGUUCGCGAUUUGGACAAAUUAUGCUCAACCAAGGGGCUGUGGAACAAGUAUUUGUUGACUAUCUGGGUAGUAAAAACAUUUACGUGGAGAGGCACAAGGAGGCUGAAUCAUUACAUCUCCUCCCUGACGAUGAUGAUGACAUGCAACAAUUUCGGGUCAUUGUGGGAGCGAGAGGUGUUGAGAAACAUGUCAUUGCGAUUGGUGGUCUAUCUAUCCAACCUCAUGAACGUGUUUUUAUCGUUGGAGAUGCUGCCCACACUCACUCUCCAAAAGGAGGGCAGGGAAUGAACAUAUCAAUCCAAGACUCAUACAACCUAAUAUGGAAACUGGGAGCCGUUAUCACCAAUGGUGCGGAGCCCACUAUCCUGGAGACUUAUGAGACUGAACGGCGUCCAGUCGCCAAGCAGCUGAUGGAUCUGGAUUCCCGUCUUGUGCACGCAUACGAAGAAGAGGAGAACGAUAACUCAAGCGGAAUUUAUGAGGUCCGCGAGCAGUAUGCUGGAUUUAUGGCCGGGGUCGACGUCACGUAUCCUCACAGUAUCUUGGUCACCCGGGGAGGGCAAGACGGUGCUACAAAUCUUGCAAGGAAUCUCAAACUGGGCAUGCGUUUAAGCUCUUUUCUAGUCGUCUAUCAAUGCGAUGGGGUACCUAUACACUUGGCGCAGCGUCUUGCGAGUGACGGGUCGUGGAGGCUCCUUGUGUUUCCGGGUGAUCUACGCCAACCGGAGAGGAUGAAAGCUCUGGCCCGUUUUGCGGACACCUUCAGCAGAGCAUCUCACUUAAUGAACCUACAACGGACACGGACUCUGAAAUCACGCGGCCCCAUCCUUGAAUUGCUUCUCAUACAGUCAAGCCCCAGAAGCGCAGUUAAUCUGCUGGACCUUCCGGAGCUCUUCCAUCCGUUCGACGAUGUGACGGGUUGGGACUAUUGGAGGGUAUUCGCUGAUGAUAGGGACCAAGCUUACAUAGGAUACGGCAUUGAUAAGGGAGGUCCGGGUUGUCUCGUACUGUGUCGGCCGGAUCAGCAUGUCGCAUGGAUAGGUAGCAUGGAGGACACAUCUGGCUGCGAUAGUUACUUUUCAAGCAUUUUUGGACUGUUGAGAUAA